AUGGCUGGACAGGUGAGCAAGGAGGAGGUCGGGACCGUCCUCAUGCAGGCCAUGCUCGCCGCCAAGAACCUCCGGCCCCAGCGCGACCGCCUCAUGCAGCUCCGGCGCCGCCUGCAGCAGCUGAGCCCCGGCGAAGACGACAAGGCCGCGGUCCAGGAGCUCGCCACCAACCUCUUCAAGGUCUACUACAUCGGCAUCGAGGCCGGCGCGCGCUCCAUCGCCACCUGCCUCGAGCUGGCGGCCGAGAACGGCGCCCGCCUCGCCCUCAACCCCGCCUUCGCCGUCAUGCCCGACCAACACCUCUACAGCGCGCUCCUCACGCAGCGGCUCCCCGCGCGCCCCACCACCCAGAAGGAGGCCUUCGCCCGCGUCGAGGCCACAUUCUACGCCGUGAAGCUGGCCCAGGAGCACUACCUCCCGCGCUGCAUCGAGCACCUCGUCGGCGACCGCCCGCCCCACCCUGCCCCGACCGCCACCGGCGAGCCCCCUCAGGCGGCGGCCAGCGGCAGCGUGGACCUGGACAAGGCGCGCACGUACCUCAACCACGCGUGCACCCUCGUCAGCCUCGCCGUCAAGCACAUCGACCUCGCCGUCGUCGUCCUCUCCAGGUUCGUCGACCCCGAGGAGGUCGCCAGCCUCUCCGACUUCACCGACAAAUUCGCCUACAUCUCCGAGGACGGACCCUAUCCAGCAUCAGACUGAGUGAUUCGCCUGAUCGAGG